GUCCGUGGGCCGCGGGGAACACAGCGCCGGGCUCCGUAGCCAAUCAGCGGGCUCGGCCUUUCUGCCCUCGAGGGGGGCGGACCCGCCGAAACCCUGCUGUGGUGGGAGCAGCGCAGAGAUUAAGGGCCGGGGACUUGCGCGUCCUCCGUCUCCGCCCCUGUCCCCGCGCCCUACACCGCGUUGUAGCUCGGGGGUGGGGGAGGGAUUGAUUCUCCAGACACCCGUUCAGGUGGCUUCAUUUACAGCGGGGAGGGCCAGCGGUUGAGGGUGGAAUGCUGUCUUUGGGGCUGUUGUCCUUGCAUCCACUCCCCUAUUUGACCAGAGGUCCGAAGUGACCCAGGGCACAUCCCGCUGGACCAGCCAGGUCAAGCGGGAUGUGCCCUGGGUCACUUGUCAUGAGCGCUUAGGUUGUGAAGACAUCUGAGCUAGGGGUCGUCACUGGCUUUUCAGUAAAGCCGUAUCCUGCAGGAAGGUGGGGAGGAACACAGAGGCAAAGCAGUGGGCUGCUGUCAGUCACCCAUUCAUUCAUUUACUCAGGCCAGCCUGUGGUGUCCACAAUGCCCCAGGCCUCUGAGCACCGCCUGGGCCGGACCCGAGAGCCACCCGUUAGUGUCCAGCCCCGAGUGGGAUCCAAACUACCGUUUGCCCCCCGGGCCCGCAGCAAGGAGAGCCGAACCCCAGCUCCUGGGCUGAACCCCAUGCUGCGACCUCUGCCUCCCCGGCCAGGUGCACCUGAGGAACGGCUCAAGAAACUGGACCUGGGACGGGGACGGACCUCAGGCCCACGUCCCAGAGGCCCCCUUCGGGCAGAUCAUGGCGUUCCCCUGCCUGGCUCACCACCCCCCACUGUGGCCCUGCCUCUCCCGUCCAGGACCAACCUAGCCCGUUCCAAGUCUGUGAGCAGUGGGGACUUGCGUCCAACGGGGAUUGCCUUGGGAGGGCACCGCAGUGCUGGAGAGCUAGGAGCUGCCCUGAGCCGCUUGGCGCUCCGGCCUGAGCCGCCUGCUUUGAGGCGCAGUGCCUCUCUCCGCCGCCUCGGGGGCUUUCCUGGGCCCCCCACCUUGCUCAGCAUACGGACAGAGCCCCCUACUUCCCAUGGCACCUUCCACGUGAUAUCCGCCCGGCCCUCGGAGCCUUUCUACUCCGAAGACAAGAUGGCUCACCACACGCUGCUCCUGGGCUCCGGUCACGUGGGCCUCCGAAACCUGGGGAACACGUGCUUCCUGAACGCCGUGCUACAGUGUUUGAGCAGCACUCGGCCUCUUCGGGACUUCUGUCUGCGAAGGGACUUCCGGCAAGAGGUGCCUGGAGGGGGCCGAGCCCAAGAGCUGACUGAAGCCUUCGCGGACGUGAUCGGUGCCCUGUGGCACCCUGACUCCUGCGAAGCUGUGAAUCCCACUCGGUUCCGAGCUGUCUUCCAGAAAUACGUCCCCUCCUUCUCUGGAUACAGCCAGCAGGACGCCCAGGAGUUCCUGAAGCUCCUCAUGGAGCGGCUGCACCUGGAGGUCAACCGCCGAGGCCGCAGGGCCGCGCCUCUCCUGGCCGGCAGCCCGGCGCCCUCCCCGCCCCGCCGGGCAGGGGCGCGGCCCGCCGAACCGGAGUUAAGUGACGAUGACCGCGCCAACCUAAUGUGGAAGCGGUACCUGGAGCGAGAAGACAGCAAGAUUGUGGACCUGUUUGUGGGCCAGCUGAAAAGUUGUCUCAAGUGCCAGGCCUGUGGGUAUCGCUCCACGACCUUCGAGGUUUUUUGUGACCUGUCCCUGCCCAUCCCCAAGAAAGGGUUUGCUGGGGGCAAGGUGUCUCUGCGGGACUGUUUCAGCCUUUUCACCAAGGAAGAAGAGCUGGAGCUGGAGAAUGCCCCAGUGUGUGACCGAUGUCGGCAGAAAACACGAAGUACCAAAAAGUUGACAGUACAGAGAUUCCCCCGAAUCCUCGUGCUUCAUCUUAAUCGAUUUUCCGCCUCCCGAGGUUCCAUCAAGAAAAGCUCAGUAGGUGUAGACUUCCCGCUGCAGCGACUGAGCCUAGGGGACUUUGCCAGUGACAAAGCUGGAAGCCCCGUGUAUCAGCUGUAUGCCCUUUGCAACCACUCGGGCAGCGUCCACUGUGGCCACUACACAGCCUUGUGCCGGUGCCAGACUGGGUGGCACGUCUACAAUGACUCUCGUGUCUCCCCCGUCAGUGAAAACCAGGUGGCAUCCAGUGAGGGCUACGUGCUGUUCUACCAGCUGAUGCAGGAGCCGCCCCGGUGCCUGUGACAUCCCUUUAUGCCCUGGCGCCUGUGACACCCUCUCAACACCCUUAAGCCCCAGGCUCCCCAUUUACCUCAGAGACGUCUAUUUUUGUGUCUUUUUAAUCGGGGAGGGGGGAGGGUGUGGUUGUAGCUCCCAUUAUUUUUUUUAUUAAAAAAUGCCCUUCCACCAGGAGGUCCCCUCGUCUCCCAGCCCUGUACAAAGCUCCCCAGGCCCUGCCCGUGUACAGCCCCCCACCCUCUACAAUCUCAUUUUUUGUGAAUAAAUUUAUUAAGAAAAA